AUGGGGCUCCAACGCAAGUCCGAGCACAAUGGUCAAUCUGAUGCUUCGAGCUUCAGCAGUGGCGACCUGCAAUACACUGCUGAAGCCGGCGCCAACUCCUCCGUGCCAACCUACCAAGAAGCCAGCGGUGCGCCGGUUGAAGUUAAUUCGCCGCUGGGAUACUCGGUCGGAUGGAUUACAGUCAUCUUCCUCAACCUCAGCAAGAUGAUCGGAACUGGUGUCUUUUCCACCCCAUCAACUGUCCUGAAAGGUGCCGGGUCCGUUGGCCUGGCACUGUUCUACUGGGUCAUUGGAUUCUUCAUGGCUGGCAGCUCACUGGCUGUCUAUCUGGAGUUUUCGUCGUAUUUCCCCAGUCGGUCCGGGUCAGAGGUGGUUUAUCUCGAACAGGCGUAUCCGCGGCCAAAGUAUUUUCUCCCGACUGUAUUUGCAAUGCAGUCGGUUUUAUUUUCGUUUAGCAGUAGUAAUGCGAUUGUCCUCGCGCAGUAUCUCUUUCGACUGGCGGAGGCGCAGUCCACGCCGUGGAAGCUCAAGGGUGUUGCGGUGGCUUCGUAUAGCGCUGCAGUGCUAGUCCUGGCAUUCAACACCAAGUGGUCGCUGCGUUUCGCCAAUGCCGUUGGGUUCGUCAAACUCGUCACACUGAUCUUCAUCGGUAUCACCGGCCUAGUCGUCCUUGGGGGCCACACGAAGAUCGAAGAUCCCAAGGCCAACUUUCGCGACGCCUUUGCGGGUAGCUCCUCUGCGUCGGUGUACGGGGCCACAAACGCACUGGUCAAGGUAGCCUUUUCGUACGCGGGAUUCGAGAAUGCAUUCAAUGUUGUGAAUGAAGUCAAGAAUCCGGCCAAAACAUUACGAUGGAGCGCGCCGCUCUCCCUCCUCCUGGUGGCAACACUCUACGUGCUCGCCAACAUCGCCUAUUUCUCCGCCGCAACAAAAGAAGAGAUCCUCGGCUCCAAGGUCGUGGCGGCUAGCAUCUUCUUCCAGAAAGUCUUCGGGACGAGCAGUGCGUCACGGGCCCUGAACUUCUUGAUCUGUCUCAGCGCAUUCGGGAAUCUGCUUGCCGUUCUCGUCGGGCAGUCCCGUCUCCUCCGAGAAUGCGGAAGACAAGGGGUCCUUCCCUUCACCAAGUUCUGGACCUCGACUCGUCCGUUCGGCACACCGCUUGGCCCCUACACGCUGAAAUGGGCCUUGACCGUCCUCAUGAUCCUCGCUCCGCCAGCCGGCGACGCCUUCAAUUUCGUCGUCGAUCUGGGCGUGUACCCCACCCAAGCCUUCGCCCUACUCCUCGCCAUUGGACUAUUGCUUACCCGUCGUCACCGCAAGCGGCAUAAUAUUCCGCCCUCGGGAUAUAAGGCGUGGGAUGUGGUGGUCGGCUUCUCGAUCCUCUCGAAUAUCUAUAUGCUUGUUGCGCCGUGGUAUCCGCCCACGACGGGGGCCAAAGGAGGGGACGUGAGUUUCUGGUAUGCGACGUACUGCGCCGUUGGGCUGGGAAUUAUUGGGCUCUGUGGUGUGUAUUACUACAUCUAUAUCAAGGUGUUGCCGCGGCUGGGCGGGUAUACGUUCCGGCAGAUUAUCCUGCAGAUGGAGGAUGGGGCGACAGCGCAUAAAUUGGUCAAGGUUCCUAAUGAGCAAUUGAAGACUUGGGAUGCGGAGCAUGAUGCUACGGGGAGAGAGCGAGGCAGGGAUGAGGCUAUUAGUACGGCUGUCGAUGUCAAGCACGAUCGCGUAUAG